AUGAAAUAUUUUUCAAGUGAUUUAGGAUAUUCUGGAUAUGAUGAUGUUUCAAAAUUUCUUUCCAAGUAUUCACAAAGAGAUGAUGUUUUAUUUAUUGCUUCAAGUAAUGGUGAUCCAAGAGUUAUUGAAAUUUUGAAAAGUCUUGAUAUAUUGCAACAUUUCCAUAAAGUUUAUCUUUCAUAUGAUAUUGAAGUAUCUAAACCAAAUAAAGAAUUUUUUGAAUAUAUAUUAGAUGAUCUAAUGAAAAAUGUUGAAGUUUUACAAAAUUCAUCAAGAGAAGAAAUAUUUGAAUCAAUUUGGCAUAUUGGUGAUGAAUUAGAAAAUGAUCUUGAAGCUUCUGGAAAAGCUGGAUGGAAAAGUAUUUUAAUAGAUCGUCAAAACCAAUUUGAAGAAUUAAUAAAUAAAAAAGAUGAUGAAUCUUUAGCUAAAAUUAAAUUGAAUACAACUCUUCAAACAACAAAUUCUAUCCAUGACAAAGUUAUCAAAUUGGAUGAGAAAAGAUUUGUUGUUAAUAACUUUGAUCAGAUUUCAAAGAUCAUUGGACUAGAUGAGUAA